AUGCUUCUGCAACCGGUAAACUUCUUUAAGGUACGAAGUCCAGUUACAAAUAUGGCCAGGACGUCAUUUUUCCACAUAAAGCGUGGAAAUGUCUGGAUUUGUGCUGUUACACGGCAAAAUGUUAAUGCUGCAAUGGUUUUCGAAUUUUUGAACAGGUUUUCCGAUACCAUGCAAUCAUAUUUUGGGAAACUGAAUGAGGAAAAUGUUAAAAACAAUUUUGUGCUCAUUUAUGAACUCCUGGAUGAGAUUCUUGAUUUUGGCUAUCCACAGAACACUGAUCCUGGAGUUCUGAAGACAUUCAUAACGCAGCAGGGCAUUCGAACAGCAAGCAAAGAAGAACAGGCGCAGAUUACUUCACAAGUAACGGGGCAAAUUGGAUGGCGUCGUGAAGGCAUUAAAUAUCGUCGAAAUGAACUCUUUCUGGAUGUCAUCGAAUACGUCAAUCUACUUAUGUCCCAGCAGGGCCAAGUUCUUUCGUCACAUGUAGCUGGAAAAGUGGCAAUGAAAUCAUAUUUGUCCGGAAUGCCGGAAUGCAAAUUUGGCAUCAAUGACAAGCUUACAAUUGAGGGUAAAGGACGGGCCGGUAGCGAUGAUGCUGCAAAAUCAACUCGUACAUCUGUGGCGAUUGAUGACUGUCAGUUUCAUCAGUGUGUCAAAUUGACCAAAUUCGAUACCGAACAUGCAAUAAGUUUUAUACCACCGGAUGGCGAGUAUGAGUUGAUGAGGUAA